AUGCGUAAUGAUUAUAGUCUUGACAGUGUUUGUUGUACCAAGCGAACAUUACAUACAUUUACACAUAUGUGGAUUGUUGAAAAUUUUUCAUCAUAUCUUCAAGAUCCAGAACCUAUUAUUUGUUUAUCAUCAUCACCAUUUAGUCCUGUUACAGGUGCUAGUGCAUCUACACAAUGGCGUCUUGUUUGUUAUCCAAAAGGCAAUUAUGGCGCAGCAUCAAAUUAUAUGUCAAUAUUUCUUGAAUAUAUUAAAGGUGAACGUGAUAUAAAAGCUAAAGCUGAAUAUUCACUUGUCAAUCGUAAAUGUGAAUUAACUGAAAUGCGUAAAGAUGUACAAUUUUCAAUUUAUAAAUGUGGGAAUUCACGUGGUUUUAUUAAUUAUGUUAAAUAUGAUACAUUAACAUUACUUGAGAAUGAUACACUUGAUGAUGAUAAACUUAAAAUAUUUGUGCGUAUAACAAUAAUGGAUGAUGCUAUAACUGAAGAAACAAAAUAUCAAGAAUUUGAUGAUACUGAAAGUAUUAAUUUUACAACACGUGGUCUUGAAGCUCUUGUACGAGAUUUUACUCAAUUAUUGCUUCAUUCUUCAUCAAAAAUGAGCGAUAUUAAAAUUAUCGUGAAAACUUCAAUAUCAUAUAGUACAGAUGUAACUGAAUCUGAUGGUGAUUCAAAUCCAUCUAUUGUUACUUUUAAUGCUCAUAAAUUAAUUCUUGCUGCUCGAUCACCUGUAUUUGCAGCUAUGUUUUCAAAUUCUACUUUAGAAAAUACAAAAAAUGUUAUCGAAAUAAAUGAUUUACGUUCUGAAACAAUUCAAUCAAUGCUUGAAUAUAUUUAUACUGGUAAAGUAAAUGAUAUAAAAAAAUCUACAGUUGAAUUAUAUCGCUGUGCUGAUAAAUAUCAAUUAGAAGAUUUACGUUUACAAGCUGAAAUGGCUUUAAUGAAUUCUUUAUCAAUUGAUACAAGUGCUGAAAUCUUAUUACUUGCUGAUCAACAUCAUUCAAAAGAUCUUAAAUCACGUGUUAUACAAUUUAUUGUCAAUGGAAAUCUUAAAGCUAUCACACAAACAGAAGGUUGGCAUAAAUAUGUUGCAUGCAUUCCAGAUUUAGUAACUGAAGUCAUACAAGCAACGGCUCUUGAAUAA